GAUUGUCCACGAAAUGCACGCUUUCUAUUUGCUUGGCUUGACGCUGUUUACGGGCGCCCGGAGCUGGGGCUAUGGCGGGCCCGAUUAUUACGGCUCACAGUGCGACCAUCUGCAGUGCUCGGAUGUCAAGGAGGAGGUCUGCGCUAAGAUCGAGGGCACACAUCAGCGGGCGACCUUCGAUAAUGCCUGCGAGGCCCAGCGCUACAGCUGCCUAACGGGAAAUUAUUGGCGCAUACUCUUCGAGGGUCCCUGCGAGUGCCCCGUCAAGUGUCCCCUUACGUGCAGUCCGAUCUGCGCCGCUCUUGGGAAUACGCAGAAAUCGUUUGAAAACCAAUGCGAAAUGCUGCAAUUCUUAUGCCACACGAACGAACCCUGGAAAUACCUACACGACGGACCUUGCAUAGGUGAAGAAGCGGUCUACUCGCCGCAAUCAGGCCUAAUGAUGUCGAAUCCAUCAUAUCCGGUUUAUGCACCUCAACAGGCAUAUGGGGCACCUGCCUACGGAUAUCCCGCUUAUGGACCCUAUAGCUAUCAGCAGCCAGUCUAUGGACCUCCCUUGCCAAUGGCUUAUAAAAGUCCUUAUCAUUCGCAACGCGUUGCGUCUCAGCUGCAGCCGUAUCAUAUGUCAAUCUCGAGAGAUGCUUUGCCCACGGAGUCAAGCGAAGCAUUUGAGACAACGCCGAUCGCCUCGUCUACUGAAGCAUCCACGGGCAAAACAAAAGAAACUUCCACACUCGAGUCAACUACAACGACUGAAGCUGCACAGGUUUUAGUAGAAAGCCUAAGGAAAGAUUUCAAUGCAGAUUCUGUCCCAGAUGAUACACCAAUAGAUUCAUUAAAUUCCUCACAGGAGACUACACUCGCUGCUUCUGAUUACAAUUCCAUAACAGAAGCAGCCGCUGAUAAAGCCCCAGAGCCCAAAGAAGAAAGUUAUAGUCCCACAACCUCAACAGAAUCUACCGAUUCAAAUGAACCACUUCACAGAGUCAAAAGCUUAAGUAAACCAGCCGUUAAAAGGCAUCCAGUAAAUAAAGCAGCUAUAAAUACUGAUUCCACAACGGAAGAGUCAACAUCUGAAUCCACAACUGAAGCUGAAGCGGAUUCAAUAUCUGAAUCCACCUCUGAUUCCACCUCUGAUUCCACAUCUGAAUCUGCUUCUGAAUCCACUUCUGAAUCCACAUCUGAAUCCACAUCUGAAUCCACAUCUGAAUCCACAUCUGAAUCCACAUCUGAAUCCACAUCAGAAUCCACAUCUGAAUCCACAUCUGAAUCCACAUCUGAAUCCACAUCUGAAUUCACAUCAGAAUCCACAUCUGAAUCCACAUCUGAAUCCACAUCUGAAUCCACAUCUGAAUCCACAUCUGAAUCCACAUCUGAAUCCACAUCUGAACCCACAUCUGAAUCCACAUCAGAAUCCACAUCAGAAUCCACAUCUGAAUCCACAUCUGAAUCCACAUCUGAAUCCACAUCAGAAUCCACAUCUGAAUCCACAUCAGAAUCCACAUCUGAAUCCACAUCUGAAUCCACAUCUGAAUCCACAUCUGAAUCCACAUCAGAAUCCACAUCUGAAUCCACAUCUGAAUCCACAUCUGAAUCCACAUCAGAAUCCACAUCUGAAUCCACAUCUGAAUCCACAUCUGAAUCCACAUCUGAAUCCACAUCUGAAUCCACAUCUGAAUCCACAUCUGAAUCCACAUCUGAAUCCACAUCUGAAUCCACAUCUGAAUCCACAUCUGAUUCCACAUCUGAUUCCACAUCUGAGUCCACUUCUGCUUCUCCAUCUGAAUCUCAAUCUGAUUCCAUAUCUGAAUCUAAGUCUAACUCAGCAUCAAAUUCUGAAUCCGCAUCAGAUUCCACAACAGAAAACUCCAUCUCGGAUUCAACACCAGCACUUUCAAGUCUGAAUAGAGCAGCAGCUGUUGAUCAGAUUUAUGGGGCUUCAGACCAAAAAACAUCUGAGCAAUACUCGCAGCAGACAACUACAGAAUCUGCUGAGAGCUCGACAUCGAAUACCGCAUCAAAACCACAAGUCCAAAGUCUAGACAAAGCUGCAGCUGUGAACCAGGAACCAGUUGAUAACUUAGCUAGCUCGAAUGUCCAGACAGAAACAGAUUCCACAACGGAAGACUCCCUCCGCUCGGCCUCGAAGUCAACGACAGCUGGUCAGACCUACGGGUCUGCCGACAAUAAGCCAUCAUAUACUAAGGAAACAACUACUGAGCCGCCUGUCAGCCAAACUGCUAGCUCUACAACGGAAAAUGUCAACGAUUCUACUUCAGAGGCAACAACAGCUUCAGCCGACCUAGCUCCAGUCAUCGCUGUGGCAAGGCAGCAAAUACAAAAUGUUGACGGAGCUACGGCAAUUGAUGCCACUGGCAACCAGUUGAUUGUGCAGGUGUCCGAGAAGGAUGACGUCCAAACGGUCAAGAUCAAUAACACGAACACAAAUCCAAGUCCGACAUAUAUAUUCUUGUUCCUCUCCAAGAGCUCAGCAACAAAGUUGGAGUACUGAAUUGACGAUAAACAAUGAGAUUCUAUGCGAUGCCAAAGUAUUUUACUAGACCCAUUCAUAAGACUAAACUUUACCAUUUUAGAUAUUAAGACAACUACUGUACGAUUUUACUAAAAUAUCAUUUUAUAUAACUAUGC